UUUCAUUCUCUUCAAUUCAUUCUUCUUCGUCUUCACGUUUCUCUUCAACUUUCACACCUCAAAUUUCGGUUUUUCUAAUGGAAAUUUCUUCUUUCCCAUUUCCUACACCGGAGGAUUAUCCUUCAAAUUUCUUCAGUUUUUUUCAAGAUUUUGACUUUCCUACUACUGAUAACACUACUGCUACUGUUUUUGCUUCUGAACCGCUGCUGAAGAAGCGAAAAACUGAUGAUUUUGAUUUCGAUUCGAUUGUAGAAGAAGGUUCAUUAAAAACAGUUGAAGAUAUUUUGAGCAAAUUCUUAGGAUUUGACAACGAAGAGGAGAAAAUUAACACACAAUUCGAUUUUUCAUCUCAUCAACCUACACAGCCAUUAGUAAAUCAAUCCGUUUUCGAGUUGAAUCAACAGAAAAUGGAUUCUGUUAAGCCAUUGACGGGUAAUAACAAAAGAAGUCGUCAAAAUUCAGCUGAAUUCAUUUCAACAUCAGAGGAUUCUACUGGCGGCGGCAAUUCCCAGCCGCCUUUACAACAACGUCGAUUAUGGGUUAAAGAUAGGUCAAAAGCGUGGUGGGAACAAUGUAAUAGCCCUGAUUUUCCAGAAGAAGAGUUUAAAAAAGCGUUUAGAAUGAGCAAAGCGACUUUUGAUAUGAUAUGCGAUGAAUUGGAAUCUGUAGUAACAAAAAAGGAUACAAUGCUACGUCAAGCAAUCCCUGUUCGUCAACGCGUAGCUGUUUGUAUUUGGAGAUUGGCUACAGGCGAACCACUUCGCGAAGUUUCUAAGCGUUUUGGGCUUGGUAUCUCCACUUGUCACAAGCUUGUUCUUGAGGUUUGUACUGCUAUAAGAAGUGUACUUAUGCCGAAAUUUUUGCAAUGGCCAGAUGAGAACAAGAUGAAUCAAAUUAAACAAGAAUAUCAGAUGUUUUCUGGUAUACAAAAUGUAGGCGGAUCGAUUUACACUACACAUGUUCCGAUUAUUGCUCCAAAGGUAAGUGUAGCUGCUUAUUUUAACAAAAGACAUACAGAGAGAAAUCAAAAGACUUCGUAUUCGGUUACAGUUCAAGGUGUUGUUGAUCCAAAAGGAGUUUUUACAGAUGUUUGUAUUGGUUGGCCUGGUUCAAUGUCUGAUGAUAAAGUGUUGGAAAAAUCAGCUCUUUAUCAGAGAGCAAAUAGGGGAUUAUUGAGAGAUGUUUGGGUUGUUGGAAACUCAGGAUUUCCAUUAAUGGAUUGGGUUUUAGCUCCGUACACUCGGCAAAAUCUUACUUGGACUCAACAUGCUUUCAAUGAGAAAGUUGGUGAAAUUCAAAGAGUUGCAAAAGAAGCGUUUAUGCGAAUGAAAGCUAGGUGGAGUUGCUUACAAAAGAGAACUGAAGUGAAACUUCAAGAUUUGCCUGUUGUUCUUGGAGCUUGCUGUGUAUUGCAUAAUAUUUGCGAGAUGAGAGGUGAAGAAUUGAAUCCAGAACUGAAGUUUGAUCUUUUUGACGACGAAAUGGUUCCAGAAAAUAUAGUCAGAUCAAUGAAUGCUGUGCAAGCUAGGGAUCAAAUUGCUCACAAACUCCUACACCAUAACCAUGCUGGCACCAAUUUCCUAUGAAAAAAAUAUGUAUUUAACUUUCCUAAAAUUUUGAUUUAAAGGGGCAGAGGGUGAUUUUUUUUCAUGGCUAUUUGAUGUCAUGUUAUAGAAUAAGUACCAUACUGUAACUCUUGUAGAAGAUUCAUUUUUAUUAUAAAGGAUUGCUUUACAACAUG